GCCAGCCACACCUACAAGUUCGAUGUCAAGAUGACCUGCGGUGGUUGCUCUGGUGCCGUGACACGCGCUCUCAAGAAGGCCGAGACGGAUGGUCUCGGCAUCGACACGUACAAUGUGAGCCUGGAGAAGCAGGAGGUGGUCGUGAAGGGCACGAUUCCAUACGACACACUGCUCGAGCGGAUCAAGAAGACGGGCAAGGAGGUAGGCUCUCCGGUACCGCGUUGCUGCCGACGAUGA